UCGCAGAUCCUCCUUCAGUUCUUUACCUUCGUAUGACUUGCAAAACUUACUUGCUGCAUCUUAGACAACAGAAUUGACGCCAUAGAAAUUUACCACACCGGCCAGUUUCGUGCAUCCUCCAUGUAUUGUCAACAGCGAUUCAUUGCAUUUCUUCACGCCCUUCUAAGUGUGAUAUCAAAUAGCACCCAAGAGCAUCUCCCGCUGAUCCCGCAUCAAGCAAACGCGACCGAGAAGCCUUGUAUCGAAUGCAGUAACCUUCUGGCCAGCAUAUCGGAUCACGUCGCAGUGGCUGAAUCUCACCAUCCGGACGGACCAGGCUGCACGAUCACCUUGGGAAAUCCUGUGCAAUGGAAAGCGAGCUCAAUGCUUGACAGAAAUGCAAAGGAUGCGAUCCCGGCCAAGAACGGGGUUGAGCCAGGUCUGAAGCUCACACUGACAAUAACGAACAUAGAGAGAGGGUCUCUGGACCUGCAGAAAUGCCAGAGUAUCUUCGAAGAGCUGAUCCUCGAGGGGCCAGGCAACCUUCUGCAGCAGCCGACACUACUCGACCGUUCACUGGCUGCUCUCCAAGGUGGAGAGCAUUCAGACCAACUUGAUUUCACAGGCCAAGCCCUCAAACCAAGACAAGUGCAAGAAGAUCCUCCGGAUGAUCAACCUAUCAAGACACUUGCAAGCGAUCCACACUCCCUGGGAUAUCAUGGGAUCCUGGAAUACUUGCUUGGAAAGGAGAAAGGAAUGAAGACUUCCAAAAGGGCCAUAGAGCACUCAAUCGUCGCCAUGACUCGCACAGAACACAGACCUUCCUCCGUGCGUCAGAGCUCUCACAGUCUUGACUCGGACUGUGAGAACAUAUGUGACGGGCAUAGCUGGAGGAAUACCUUUGUGGCAAAAUCCUCCCUGGGUCUUCAGCAAAGGCAGUGCGCGAUAUGUCAUUCCGACACAAAUGUUGUUCGGGUGGACAGACGCCGCCCACAAAAGGCAAAUGAACUCGAUGUGUUCUAUAAGAUAUGCGCCGUCUUCGGGGCAUCAGUCAUGGUGGCGACCCUCCUUUACGUCCUGCGGGAGAUCUACCGACGGCUUCGCGUGCGAUACUUGCUGCUUCGAGGCAGGAACCAUCGCGAUCAACGUGCACCAAGCAUAGCCAUCAAGACAGGGUGCUCCAUUCCAGCCGAUGAGAUGACGACCCUGAUGCCCGAGGCUUCGCGAGCUUGGGAAAGACCCAGUCAAGCAUCCGAUAUGGGGGCCGAAGUUAGCGUGUCUGGUUCAGCCACCCAGCAGCGAUAUAGACGAUUCACUCCCUCUCAGCGAAACUCCCGCAGGAAAGUCCAGGACAUCUUCGACUUCGGUUCGUCUCAGGCGUGCAAGAACAAUGUGGCGACAGAGGAGAGGAUUCCUGUGCUUCCGCCAGCCGCGAACGCGAGUGUACGGAGGAACGUUGGCAUCUGGCAGGCUCCCAAGGGACAACGGUGUGCGGUCAACGAGGAAAUGGAGGGCAUCACGCACAGCAACGCAUUUCUUUUUUAGGGUCGGCGCUAGCCCGGUAUUCUCGAGGAUCAGGGAUACCUGG